AUAAAUCAUAUAUUAAACAAAACUAAUGUCUGACUACCGUUUYGCAUACGCGCCGAAAGAAAGCCUGUAUGUGCGCUAUUUUGAGGAGUUGGGUGCURUUGGCACCGGUACUUUUGGCACAAUAUUCAAAGUUAAACAACGAUGCGAUGGAGAUAUAUAUGCUAUUAAACGAUUUGAAUUAAAAAAGAUAACUAAUGAAUACUACGAAAAAGUUUUCAAUGAAUUAAAAUGUUUAGUUAAGUUAAGGUCAGAGUAUAUCUUGAAAUAUAUUAACUCAUGGCCUGAAGGCAAACACUUUUACAUACAAUUGGAGUAUUGUUCACAUAAUCUCAAGAAUAUUAUUGAAUUGAAACCUAUAAUCUUUGAACGAUCGUUGACUAAACCGAUGGAUACCAUCGAGUAUUUCAUAUCGUGUGAGAUAUUUCUAGAGCUACUCGAGUGUGUCCACUAUCUGCACGAAUGGCGUCCAUCGGUAAUGCAUCGGGCGCUCAGACCCGACAACAUAAUGAUUGCCCAAAAUGUUCAAAACGGAAGAUAUAUAAAAUUGUGUGACUUUGGCUUUGACGGCGAACUGGAUGACCGGCCUUCCGAUACCAGCGAUGCUGAUAUUGAGCUAAAAUAUACGGCACCUGAGGUACUGUCUCGCAGACAGUAUACUACAGGUUCCGAUGUCUACAGUCUAUCUAUUAUAGCACAAGAAUUGUUUGAAUUAAAUUUUUACGAUGAUAAUACAUUAAAAAAAUAUGCAUCACAUGAGUUGUUAGACAAAGUGCAGUAUCUGAUGAUUAUAUUGGUCUCAAUGAUGAAUCCAUGUCUCAUUGAGAGACCUCCCUGUUCUUAUAUAUUACAGACACGUUAUAACUGGUCCAUUGCCGACUAA